UUAAUUUCACCAUGGCUCUUUCUCUCCUUGCUUCCGUUCCUUGCAGCAGUCUCAUCAGAAGGUAUACCAAAGGCAUCUCGGACAAAGAAUCAAACCUCAACAGUUUCAGUGUUGUUCGAGUCCCAGCCACCAAAUUUGUUGCUACAGCCAAUGUUUCAGAUCAAAAAAUUGUUAGACGAUCUGCUAAUUACCGUCCUCCCAUUUGGAAGUACGAUUAUAUUCAGUCUCUCAAGAGCGACUAUCUGGGCGAAUCAUAUAAUGAGCGAGCUAUCAGACUUGUGGGGGAAGUGAGAAUGAUGCUUGACAAAGUGAUGGAUCCUUUGGAGAAACUCGAACUAGUCGACACCUUGCAGAGGCUUGGAUUAUCUUAUCACUUUGAGAAGGAAACCAAGAGGAUUUUGGAGAGUAUAAUGGCAGAUCAGAGCAAGGUUUCCUGGAAGAAAGACAAUUUAUAUGCUACAGCACUUGAGUUUAGGCUCCUAAGGCAGCACGGUUAUAAAGUAUCUCAAGAGGUUUUCUCUAGUUUCAUGGGCGAGAUGGGGAACUUCAAGGCAGGUCUUUGUGAGGACUGCAAAGGACUGCUUAACUUGUAUGAUGCCUCAUAUUUUUCGGUAGAGGGUGAAGACAUCAUGGACAAUGCAAGAGAUUUCGCAACUAAACAUCUCCAGCAAUAUCUGAAGCAGGAGAACUCAGAUCAAUAUCUUGCCACGCUUGUGGAACAUGCUUUGGAACUUCCGCUACAAUGGAGGAUUUUAAGGUUGGAAGCCUGGUGGUUUAUAGAUGUGUAUGAGGAAAGAGAGGACAGAAACCCCUUUCUUUUGGAGCUUGCCAAAUUAGACUUCAAUAUUGUGCAAGCUGUGCACCAGGAUGAUCUAAGACAUGCUUCAAUGUGGUGGAGGAAUAUAGGUCUCGGAGAAAAGCUAAGCUUUGCUAGAGACAGGUUAAUGGAGAACUUUUUGUGGACUGUGGGCGUUGCACCUGAUCCUCACUCUGGGAAAGCAAGAAGAAUUCUGGCAAAGCUUAACUCAUUAAUAACUACCAUAGAUGAUGUUUAUGAUGUGUAUGGCACCUUGGAUGAGUUGGAGCUCUUCACGGAAGCUGUUGAGAGAUGGGAUGUCAAUGCGAUGGAGCAGCUCCCAGAAUGUAUGAAGAUAUGUUUCCUUGCUCUUUACAACUCCAUAAACGAAAUGGCUUUUGAUACUCUUAAGGAACAAGGAUUUAAUACCAUUCCUUUCUUGAAGAAAACGUGGGCAGAGCUAUGCAAAACUUACUUAGUGGAGGCAAAGUGGUAUUAUAGUGGAUACAAACCAACCUUUAAAGAGUAUAUCGAUAAUGCAUGGAUUUCGAUUUCGGCUCCCGUACUACUAUCACAUGCUUAUAUCUUCACAAAUUCAACAAGAAAGGAGUGGUUGGAGAGCUUCAAGGAACACAGCAAUAUAAUCUAUUGCUCGUCCAUGAUUUUACGACUAGCGAACGAUCUUGGGACAUCAUCGGAUGAACUAAAAAGAGGUGAUGUUCCAAAAUCAAUUCAAUGUUACAUGCACGAAACUGGCUCUUCUGAAGAAGAAGCCCGUCAGCACAUAAGGAAGUUAAUUGAUGCAACAUGGAAAAGAAUGAAUGAAGGUCUAUUUGAUCAUCCCCCCUUCUCUAAAACGUUUAUCCAAAUUGCAAUGAACGUCGCAAGGAUGGCCCAAUGCAUGUAUCAACAUGGUGAUGGCCAUGGGGUUGAAGAUCAUGAGACCAAAGAUCGUGUAUUAUUAUUACUUGUUUUACCUAUUCCUUUACAUUAA